AUGGAAGACACAAUACCCGGAGUAGUGCAAGUGGAAUUCCGAGACCCGGAACAGAACGAGAGGAGAACAGAGUCUCAGACAAGAGCAAAGGAAAGCCCGAAUCCCAGAGCAGUGCAAGGGAAUCCCGAAACCGAAGCAGUGCAAAGGGAAUCCCGAAUCCCGGAGAAGAGCGAGGGGAAUUCGAAGGCCCGGAGCAGACUGAGCGAGGGAAGCCCGGGUCUUGGACAAUGCGAGGGAACACCGAGUCCCGGUGCAGGGCGAGGAGAAACCCGUGUCCCGGUGCAGAGCGAGAGGAAAUCCAAAUCCCAGUGCAGGCGAGGGGAAAUCCGAGUACCGGAGCAGAGCGAGUGGAAACACGAGUCCCGGAGCAGAGCGAGUGGAAUCCCAAGUCCUGGAGCAGAGCGAGAGGAAACACGAGUCCCGGAGCAGAGCAAAUGGAAACCCGAGUCCUGGUGCAGAGCGAUGGGAAACACGAAUCCCGGAGCAGAUCAAGGGGAAACCCAAGUUCCGGAGCAGAGCGAGGGGAAACCCAAGUUCUGGACCAGAGCGAGGGGUCCCCGAGUCCCGGUGCAGACUGAGCAAGGGGAAACCCGAAACCCGGAGAAGAAUGAGAGGAAACCCCAGUUCCGGAGCGAAGAGAGGGGAAACCCGAGUCCUGGAGCAGAUCGAGGGGAGACCCGGGUUUCGGUGCAGAGCAAGAGGAAACACGAGUCCCGGAGCAGAGCGAGGAGAAUCCCGUGUCCCGGUGCAGAGCAUGGGGAAACCCGAGUCCUGGCGCAGAGCGAUGGGAAACACGAGUCCCGGAGCAGAUCGAGGGGAAACCCAAGUUCCGGACCAGAGAAAGGGGUCCCCGAGGCCUGGUGCAGACUGAGCGAGGGAAGCCCGGGUCUUGGACAAUGCGAGGGAACACCGAGUCCCGGUGCAGGGCGAGGAGAAACCCGUGUCCCGGUGCAGAGCGAGAGGAAAUCCAAAUCCCAGUGCAGGCGAGGGGAAAUCCGAGUACCGGAGCAGAGCGAGUGGAAACACGAGUCCCGGAGCAGAGCGAGUGGAAUCCCAAGUCCUGGAGCAGAGCGAGAGGAAACACGAGUCCCGGAGCAGAGCAAAUGGAAACCCGAGUCCUGGUGCAGAGCGAUGGGAAACACGAAUCCCGGAGCAGAUCAAGGGGAAACCCAAGUUCCGGAGCAGAGCGAGGGGAAACCCAAGUUCUGGACCAGAGCGAGGGGUCCCCGAGUCCCGGUGCAGACUGAGCAAGGGGAAACCCGAAACCCGGAGAAGAAUGAGAGGAAACCCCAGUUCCGGAGCGAAGAGAGGGGAAACCCGAGUCCUGGAGCAGAUCGAGGGGAGACCCGGGUUUCGGUGCAGAGCAAGAGGAAACACGAGUCCCGGAGCAGAGCGAGGAGAAUCCCGUGUCCCGGUGCAGAGCAUGGGGAAACCCGAGUCCUGGCGCAGAGCGAUGGGAAACACGAGUCCCGGAGCAGAUCGAGGGGAAACCCAAGUUCCGGACCAGAGAAAGGGGUCCCCGAGGCCUGGUGCAGACUGAGCGAGGGAAGCCCGGGUCUUGGACAAUGCGAGGGAACACCGAGUCCCGGUGCAGGGCGAGGAGAAACCCGUGUCCCGGUGCAGAGCGAGAGGAAAUCCAAAUCCCAGUGCAGGGUGAAGGGAAACACGAGUCCUGGAGCAGAGAGAGGGGAAAACCGAGUCCAGUGCGGGAAAAUCCGAGUCCCGGUGCAGAGCGAGUGGAAACCUGAGUGCCGGUGCCGAAUGAGGGGAUCCCGAGUCUCGGAGCAGAGCAAAGGGAAACACGAGUCCCGGAGCACAGCAAGGGAAAACCCGAGUCCCGGUGCAGAACGAGGCGAAACCCGAGUCCCGGAUUAG